AGUCCAACGGUCUGGGCCCACUAAGAUUGGGUUGUUCACUGGCGGCGUCCAAACACAUUAUUAGACCUAGGAUUGCUAUACAAAGUAGGUUACAAAUAGGGUGGCUAGAACAACCCUGCCAGAGGUAUGACAGGGGAAUUUCGGUACAUGUUCAAGGUUUCUAAGAUUGGCGCGCAUGAGGGGAAUUCGUACGCUGUUGUGUCUUCCCAGAGCGAGUGCGGUUUGGUCGUCGCCCCCACCUCUCUCAAACUCUGGAAGGCUAAGUUUGUCUUCGUCUCUAGCUUUCCUGGGGACCAGCACCCUUUCCAAGCCAGGUUUCCUGAGUGCCACGCCUUCAUCCGUCACCCUCGUCCCGACCCUACUCUAGAGCUUCUCGCACACGCGCAGAAACUCUUGGAAGACUACCGGCCCAAAUCGCCUCACGUAUAUACGAUUUGCACGGAGCAGAACCUUGCGAAGGUGGGGAUCCUUAUUUCCCUCGAACGACAGUUCAAGUUAGCCGAAGCCGUGCGCGGGAGUCGUCCAAAGCAUGGACUUGAAAAGACUGCCUCGAGGACGGAAGAGCCGGAAUCGGAAGAAAAGGAAGAGGAAGGGAGCGAUGAAAUUGAGACCGAUGAAGAGUCAGGUCAACCAUCAUACUCCGAGGAUGUCAUUGACGUGGAGCCUUCCGGAGGAAACAUGAAUCCGUUGGAGGUUGUUUGGAGGGCCAAACUGUUAUCCCAGAGCCGGGGCCGAAAAGAGGAGGUUCAACGCGAACCGCCCUCGGGAGAAACAUCCGGGUCUUCCGCGACCAUCCCCGACCGGGAAGUGGUUCUGACCCGGAACCAAAGGAAAAGGAAACUCAUCCAAACCGAGGAAGAGGAGACCGCAUCCGAGCAGGACGUGGCUUUGACCCAGAGUCCGUCGGCAAAACGUCCGGCCGCUCCCCAAGACGGGAAGUGCCUUGCCCUCCUUGACAGAACUGACGGGAAUGUGCAGGCCGAGGCCGAGGUCACGUCUCUAUCCGCGGCGCUGAAGGACGAGGGCGAGAUCAUGUCGUCCGUGCAAGGAUUGGUGGAUGGGUUCCACAAAGAGGGGUCGGCGAAGUUGGAUCUAAUCAGCAAACGCCGAGCCAGAGCUGAGUUUUCCUCGGGGGUGGACUUCUUGGCUUUGGUGGAUACCGUAUUAUCCUGGCUAAGGAGGUUGGCGGCUGCCGAGCGUGAACAGGCCACCGAGCUUGAGAUGCAAGUCGUGGCGAAGUCCGAGGAAGUAGUCCGGCUGCAAGGCUUUUUGAGAGAGUCGGAGGAAUCGGCCUCCCAACUGACGGCUUCCAUGGCCGAGCUCGAGGGGCGGCUGCGUCAGUCCGAGGGCCGAAUAGCGGAGAUGGAUGUUGAACUGGCCGAGGCCAUUUCCUUGCAGCGGUCCCUAGAAACUCAGCGAGAUCAGGCCCCUGCUGAGAAAAGGCAAGCUGUUGCUGAGAAAGACCACGGCAUCGCCGAGAAGGAGCGAGUCGUCUCCGACUUUCUUCAGUCCCCGGCCCUCAAAGAGGCCUGUAUGGAAAACUUCGCUGACUACUGUGACAGCUGGCUUGAGACUGAGGCCGGCAUAAGGAAGAUGGGAAAGGAGGGGUCGAAGUGGCUCGAGACUGGCAUCUAUCAUGGGAUCCAGCUCGUUCUUCGGCAGGCUAGAAGAGUGGACCCAUCCUUCCCUCCGCCCGGGGUUGACAUCCCAGACAUGCAUGACCCUAAUCUGAAUGAUCAGCUCGGGGAAAAUCCAGAUUACUUUGGGACGCCCGAGCGCAAGGACAUGGGUGCGGUCGUCGUCGGCGAAGAGCAACCUUCAGACGCCCUUCCUUAAUGCUUUCCUUUGUAAUUUUCGAAGUUUUGUCUUCCAUUGGAAUGAACAAGAUUUUUCUACUAUUUCGUUGCAUGCGUGAAUAGUGAAUAGAUUUCCUUCUAACAUUAUUUAUUUGAAUAUAUUCGAAUUGCGCCUUUUGAGGGACUGACUCUUUGGCUUCCCCAUUCCCCCCUUCCUCCUUUAGAAGGGAAGGGGUUUAUAUGUAGAUUACAAACUAGGGUUCCGACUGUUGGUCCAUAGUCCAACGGUCUGGGCCCACUAAGAUUGGGUUGUUCACUGGCGGCGUCCAAACACAUUAUUAGACCUAGGAUUGCUAUACAAAGUAGGUUACAAAUAGGGUGGCUAGAACAACCCUGCCAGAGGUAUGACAGGGGAAGUACGGCAGGAGUCUAAUCGUGGGCCCCUUGAUCUUGACUGUUAGCCAGCUUCCUUCUCCAGGCCUGGUCUGCUGCUGCCUAGGACCGAGGCCGAGCGUACGACCUGUAACACCCCAAUCCGUAUGACCCGGAAUUACACGAAUUAAGGUGAAACGAGAGUUAAAUAAAAUCUUUGAUGUCAAACAUUUGCCUGCUAUCCUUGCAUCUCGUCUGACUCAAUGCCCUCCGGGAGUGGUUCCGUCAUUGUCCUCUUGUUACCUACGUGUAGUCAACGAAAAAUGCAAACUACACGCUCAGCGAUACCGCUGAGUGGUACCACGCUAGAAUUGUAGAAUAAUUAACAGACAUAUACAUAUACAUAUAUAUACGUCCACAAGGUGUAUAAUAAUAUUCAUGAUAUGGCACAUUAUAUCAUAUGAUUAAUUUGAUGAUUCAUGAUGAUAAAUAUUUAAUGAUAAUUAAAUGAUGGCACAUUUAAUCAAUUUGCUUGUUCUUGAAGAUAAUGACAUGACACCUAUGUAAUUAAUAUAAUUGUUCUUGAUGAUGAUUACAUGAAACCUAUGUAAUCAAUAUAUUUGUUCUUGAUGAUGAUUACAUGACACCUAUGUAAUCAAUGUACUUGAUGAUGAUAACAUGAUGCAUGAUUCUAAGUCAACAAGGACGACCCUUGCAUUGUGAAAUUCGCCCAUUUGGUACGAUGAACUCAGCGGCCUUAGUCUCACAAGGGAGACUAGAAAAAUAGGGG